AACUUCACUACCAAUAAUCCUUAUCUUAAACAAACACAAUAAUAAACACCAUUACGUUCGCUAUAUAGCAACGUAUGUUUAGAAAUGAAAAGGUCAAAUUGUAAUUAGUAUGGCUUGUGAAUCAUGCUUAUCUUGGUUGUCGCAGCAUGUCAAAACCAUGUUGCGUUCAGGAAUUACGUCACUGCUAUUUAUUAUUACUGUACUUUAUUAAUGCCGUUUUGGGGGACGCACAACCCUUACCAUCACCAUAGUCACCAAAAGAGACAAGAUGAGAUGUAGAAAAAAAAGAAUAUUCACUUGCAGAGCUGAAGGUCUCGGGUAGUUUACGGUAGUGUUGCUGGGCGGGUAGUAGACCCCGGUAGUUACCAUAGCAUUUGAACGUAGCACUGUACCGUGGCAGAGCACCAGCGGUAAAGCGGCACUGAGCUGACAGCAUCGCCGCUCUCCUCUUUCUGGAUAUAAAGCUCCGUCUCUGCGGGGUUAUUAUUAUGGAGACGCCGGGGAGGAUAACAACCACACCGGAUGCUUUGGACUUCACGGUGGAAAACGUAGAAAAGGCCCUUCACCAGUUGUACUAUGAUCCCAACAUUGACAACAAGAAUCUUGCCCAGAAGUGGCUUAUGCAGGCCCAGGUCUCUCCUCAGGCUUGGCAGUUCUGCUGGGCUCUGCUCAGCCCAGACAAGGUGCCGGAGAUCCAGUAUUUUGGCGCGAGUGCACUUCACACCAAGAUCUCCCGCUACUGGUCGGACAUUCCCAGCGACCAGUAUGAGUCUCUGAAGAGCCAGUUGUUCUCUCAGAUCGCCUGUUUCUCCGCGGGCUCUAAGAUGGUGCUCACGCGGCUGUGCGUGGCCCUGGCCUCGCUGGCACUCAACACCAUGCCCGAGGCCUGGCCUGGCGCCGUGGCCGAGAUGGUGCGGGUGUUCCAGGAAGAGGGGGGAGGGGUGGACGGGCGAGCACGGUGCCUGGCGCUGCUGGAGCUGCUCACCGUUCUUCCUGAGGAGUUCCAGACGAGCCGCCUACCACAGUAUCGAAAGGGGCUGGUCCGGGGCGCCCUGGGACAGGAAUGGGGGUCGGUGUGUCCCCUACUGCAGCAACUUCUGCGAAGGACGGACAGCCCCGGGGCGGUGAAAGCUCGCGUGCUGCGCUGCCUGUCUUCCUGGGUGCUGCUGGAUGUGCCCCUCAGUGAGAGCGAGGGCCUAGUGCAAGACUGCUUCAGCGCCUUACCCGACCCCGAGCUCUUCGACACCGCCGUGGAGGCAUUGGUCAACACCAUCUCGCAGCCUGACUCCCAAAGAUAUGUGAACACUUUGUUGAAGCUGGUUCCUCGAGUGCUGGCUCUUCAGGAUCAACUACGAGAGGCCGUCCAGAACGGAGACAUGGAGACGUGCCACGGCAUCUGCCGUAUUGCCGUCACGCUGGGAGAGAACCACUCCAGGACUCUUCUGGAGCAGGUGGACCACUGGCAGAGCUUCCUGGCUCUAGUCAACAUGAUCAUGUUUUGCACAGGCAUCCCUGGCCACUAUCCGGUCAAUGAGACCACCAGCUCCCUCACACUCACCUUCUGGUAUACACUACAAGAUGAAAUCAUAUCAUUUGAGUCAGACAAGCAAGCGGUGUACCUCCAAGUCUACAGGCCGGUGUAUUUCCAGCUGGUGGACGUCCUGCUCCACAAAGCACAGUUCCCCUCGGACCAAGAGUACGCGUCCUGGUCCUCAGAUGAGAAAGAGCAGUUCCGCAUCUACAGGGUGGAUAUCUCAGACACGCUAAUGUACGUGUACGAGAUGCUGGGUGCCGAGCUGCUGAGUAAUCUGUAUGACAAACUGGGACGACUGUUGACUAACACAGAACAGCCCGCUUCGUGGCAGCACACAGAAGCAUUGCUGUAUGGCUUCCAGUCCAUAGCAGAGACGAUAGACGUCAAUUACUCUGACGUCAUUCCGGGCCUCAUAGGUAUCAUCCCCAGAAUCAACAUCAACAACGUUCAGCUAGCGGACACCGUGAUGUUUACUAUCGGUGCUUUGGCUGAGUGGUUGGCAGACCACCCGGUGAUGCUCAGCAGCGUUCUGCCCCUUGUGCUGCAAGCUCUUGGUAACCCGGACCUUUCUAUUUCCUCUGUGUCGACGCUGAAGAAGAUCUGCAGGGAAUGCAAAUGUGACCUUCCACCUUACGCAACCAACAUAGUUGCUGUGUCUCAGGAGGUUCUCAUAAAGCAGAUCCACAAGACGAGUCAGUGCAUGUGGCUGAUGCAGGCGCUUGGCUUCCUGCUCUCGGCGCUGCCUGUGGAGGACAUCCUGAGGAACCUUCACUCUCUCAUCACCCCUUACAUUCAGCAAUUGGAGAAAUUAGCAGAUGAGACGCCUAAUCCGUCCAAUAAGUUAGCUAUCAUCCACAUCUUGGGGCUCCUUUCCAAUUUGUUCACCACGUUGGACAUCAGCAAGCAGGAUGAUGAAUCAGCGGAUGGCUCAGCUGUUCCUGUCAAAACAGCCCCUCCUCCACCUGGACCCAACCCAGUUGUGGUGGUUUUGCAGCAAGUGUUUGCCCUCAUACAGAAUGUCCUCAGCAAGUGGCUGAAUGACUCACAGGUCGUCGAGGCUGUGUGCGCCAUCUUCGAGAAGUCCGUGAAGACACUGCUGCACGAUUUUGCGCCCAUGGUGUCUCAGCUCAGCGAGAUGCUCGGACAGAUGUACAGUACGAUUCCUCAAGCCUCCGCCCUCGACCUCACGAGACAGAUGGUGCAUAUUUUUGCUAGCCAAACGGACCACUUCCCGCCCAUCAAGUCUCUGUUUGAGCUCGUUACCUCGGUAACGUUGUCCAUCUUCCAGCAAGUGUCCCAUCGUGACAGGUGAGGCUUUGGAGUGAAUUGUGAGGGGAAACGCUCAGAAAUCUAACAGUCACCUCACCACAUAAACACUUGUCUUAAGUUACCUUCACACAAAAAUUGUGUAAUAGUGGCGCAUCAAACAGUAGACCCUGCAUUUACCAACGAGUGCCUUUUACACAGAACUCAGUAAAGCAAGCUACAGUAGUAAUUCAGAGACGCCAACGAUCACCAACCUAUCGAUCGCGGGCUACUAGACGAUCUUUGAGACUUUGUUGGUCGAUCAUAAGAAUAUUAGGGGGGAAAAAAGUAUUACUACAUCCCAGAGAGUGACCAACAGGCACGGCUUUUGACCACUGAACACGCCCGUACGCGUCGCCGCUGUCCAGGCACGCAACCCGAUCCAGCCAGGAGUCCAGUCCCCAAAACCCGGCCAGAGGUCCCAGCACACAUGCACCGCCUUUCCUUGCCCCGCAACAACAAGCGUUCAGUGGUUGAGAGAAACAGAGAGAGUGAGUUUGUGACAGAGCGCAGCGAUGUGCCUGAGCACACAACAGUAGUUAUUGCACGUUAAUAUGGCUCAAACUCUGCCUUUGCUACCUCAAAAUUAAGGCACAAAUAUAACUCCAUAGACGUGCAUCUCCAGAAAAAUCUUCAAGCUGCGACUGACUAUUGUAAGUUUCUCUCUCCCCACCCACCAUUGCUCGCCCACAACACUGAGCCAACAAGCCGAGUUGCAGUUUGCUCAUCCGACGCCACAAGCCCGACCCAGACAAUGAUCCACAAAAGUAGCGACGGCCAAAGUGCGGCUCAGGGGCAAUCCACGGUCUGUGGCUCAUUUGUCAUUGCAACACUGCAGAAACAAAAAAAAUUAAAAAACGGUAAAAAUGGAGCAAAAGGCACAAUGAGAAAAGGCUGAAAUGUUGACCAGGGAUCUCAUAGUCACUUUUACACUCCUAUUAUUCUUUGUUUACAUCACAUUGCGCAGGCUAUGGGAACCAAUGCAGGCACAUAAAAGAAGAUUUUUUAAAAAAAAGGGAAAAUAGUGAAGUAGCGAUAUUCGCCUCGCAAUAUAGUGAAGGACGACUGUGCAUAAUCCAUACUGCUUGCCUGCAAUUGCUUUAAAUUGUUUAUUAACCUGUGUUCACCUCGCUGUAAUUUUUUAGCUUGCAAAAGCAUGAAUGGGCAGGUUGUCCCACAUCUAAAGAAGCACAAUUUUUUAAUAAGUAAUCCACAAAUAUGUGGGAUUGUGAAUUCUGAAUUCCUAAUAUGCAGGGAUCCGCUGUAUAGUCAUAGUUGUGUGCACCUUCACAAAGUGGCAGAACAUCCCGAAAUCAGUGUUGAGAACCUUUAGCGUCUGGUGUGUAUACAGUUGGACAGCUACAUUUACUUUCAACACAACAGGGCGGGAAAAGUGAGUUAAACUUCAUGCCCCAGUCCCGUCAUUGCGGAAUUUCUUUACACACAGGCUCCUGAUAUGCCUCUGGUACUACCUUCAAUGGCACAAAAAUUGCUUUGUUGCUAUUCUUUAUAAAUGGCGUUGACACUGAGCAAAAAAAGUACAGUACACAAUCUUUCCACUUAUGUCAGAGGUCUGCACUCUACUCUAUAGGGCUUUUCUAUUAUGUUAUCAGUGUGGACUUAGUGUUGCCAUAUGGUACCGUGCAUCCUGGACAGUGAAUUGUAGGGACACAUGUUGACGAGUCUGGCUGUGUCAAAAAUAACUAAAUGCAUUUCAUUCUUCUUUUUUUAUUUGUCAUCUUAUUGUGAUAUUGUUGCCAUACUGUAAAGAGCAGUCUGGACAGAGGUGCGGUCGCUAAUGCUCCUUCUGCAUUGCAAUAAAUUCUAUUUCUGCUUCUAUGGUUGUCAUCAUAACUCUCACUUUUGCCAUUGCUGGUAUGUGGUAGCAUCUUGAUAAGCAGAGCACAAUUGCGUCCUUGCUCUUUUAGUUGCUCACUGAGCUGAAGUCUCAUUGAUUUUAGGGUUGUAUUUUUCCCUGAAAUGUGGGUUAAACUUAAAUGGUUUUACAGGUUUCACUUAAUUGUUUAAUACUAUUAAUAAUGUUGUCUUAAUUUGUAAAAUGCCAUUAUUGAUAUUACGCAUUACAUGAUAAUCUACUCUUGUUAUUUGUUUUUAUUAAACUGCCCAGUAAAAAUGCACCCACACAUUUGAUGCUUAAGAGAAGCUAUCACAUCAUCAUCAUCAUCAUCAUCAUCAUGAAUGAUCAUGGUGGUUGUAAGGUGACUGCUUAGUCUCUGAGCUGAGAAGUCCUCCUGAAGUCAUUCCAGCCCGCAGCCAAUCAGAGCCCAGACGAAUUAAUAUUCUACUAAUAUUAAUCACUUCAGACAAAUUGGCUGAUGGCUUGUCUGUUUCUAUGUAUUUUUUGGUCUUCAUUUUUGGUUUUCUAUCUUGAGAUAGAUCUGACCGUCAUUUCUCUUCCUCUUCCUCUCCCUCUCCCUUUCCUCUCCUUUCCUCCAUCUUGACUGAGUUUCUUACUGAGUUGUAUUUCUCUUUAUCUGCACAUGUUGAUUACCUGCACACUUCUGUUGCAUAUUCAGUCCAAUCAACCAAAAACACAGAAACAUAGUGUUUGAAAUGGCAAAAGCCCAAUACCACCAUUACCUUUAGUUUGACUUAAGUUUCCAAUGAUUUCAGACUUUGAUUUUGUUGCAGUUUAUUUGUCGUACCCACUGAGUUCUGCAUUGGAGGAUCUCUUAUGAGUUUGGAUAGUCCAACACCGUAGCCUGGUAGGCAGAUCUGCUGCCCUCAUGCCCCAUGUUGCUGUCAGAUCCGACUACCAGGCUGAGCGGGUAUUUUAAAAGCAGUACUCUGAAGGAGCUCAUCACACUGAUGGAAACAACAAAGCCAUAUAACACCUUUGUCUG